CCUCGUCCACCCACCCCCAACAGGCUGCCCCUCCUCUUCCCAACAUGCUCUGCUCCCGACUCAGUCACGGAGAUAUCACGCGGGAGGUUGGGGUGAGAAGGAGGUGGGGUGGGGUGGGGGGGGCCGAGUGAGGCGGAAGUAUUUCUGGGAAAGAUGUGGUGACAGGGGCCCAGCUCAGCCCAGCUGAGUCUGGUGCGGCCCUAGGAAAGCCCCCUCCCCCUCUUUCUCCGCCUCUCCACUCCCACUCAGCCGGGGUCCUGGCUGGCAGCAGGACAGCUGGCGGCGCUACUCAGCCUCUUGAGCCCGUACUGGUCACUGCCGGCGCGGGACUGCUCCUCGGUCAGUGCGGGCCCCACUGCAAGGCGGGGGGAGGGGGGCAGCCCGGCUGGUCCAGACGGCCUGGACCUCCUCGGUUGCCCCAGAAUCCCGCUUCUACUAUUCUAACCAGGGAUCAUCCCGCCUCGGCUGGGGGGAGCAGGGCAGCCCACUGUUGGACAGCUCUCUUCCUUCUCUCCGGGUCCCAAAGUUCUGCUCUCCAGCUGGAGCAGCUCGGGUCUGAACUGUGUCGGCCAAGCCGACUUGGUCAGGGGUCCCACUCCGCUACUUUUCCGUCCCCCUCCCCCCAUCCCGACACUGGGCAGAUCUCUCUGGGCCGAGAGAAUCCCCGAGACCCUUUCCUGCUCAGAGCCAGGGCCCCUGGGACUUCGGUGAUCUGCGUUUGGAGGGGGACACCAAAGGCGAGUCAAGGACUCGCCAGGGUCUUCAUGGGGCUCUCUGACGGAUUUUUCAGACCAGGAUCCUGUCAGCAGGCAGAGGGCACAAUGGCCAUUUCGUGGUCCUUGACCCUGGCCUUCACCACCAGUCUGGCCUUUGCCCGGCCCCCCAACUUCAUUCUGAUCUUUGCUGACGACUUGGGCUACGGGGACCUGGGCUGCUAUGGCCACCCCAGCUCAUCCACACCCAACCUCAACCGAAUGGCAGCCAAGGGCCUCCGCCUUACUGACUUCUAUGUGCCUGUCCCACUGUGCACCCCAUCUAGGGCAGCACUGCUGACUGGAAGGUACCCUGUCCGCUCAGGGCUCUACCCAGGGGUCCUAUACCCUGGCUCCCUGGGUGGGCUUCCCCUGUCUGAGGUGACCAUGGCUGAGGUCCUGGCUGAAAGGGGCUACCUCACUGGGAUGGCUGGCAAGUGGCAUCUGGGGGUGGGGCCCAAUGGCUCCUUCUUGCCUCCACACCAAGGAUUCCACCGCUUCCUGGGAGUCCCCUACUCCCACGAUCAGGGCCCUUGCCAGAACCUGACCUGCUUCCCACCAGCCACCCUCUGCUAUGGAGGCUGUGACCAGGGUGUCGUCCCCAUCCCCUUGAUGGCCAACCUGUCUGUGAAGGAGCAGCCCGCCUGGCUGCCUGGACUGGAGAAACAGUAUGUGGCCUUUGCCCAGAACUUCAUAGUGGAUGCUGCCCGCCAAGGCCAGCCUUUUUUUCUGUACUAUGCCUCCCAUCAUACCCACUACCCCCAGUUUGGUGAAGAAACCUUUGUGGGACGCUCUGGCCGAGGACCAUUUGGGGAUGCCUUGAUGGAGCUGGACUCAGCUGUGGGGACACUGCUGGAUACUGUGGAGAACCUUGGACUAAGCGAAGAAACUCUGGUCUUUUUCACUGCAGAUAAUGGCCCUGAGACCAAGCGUAUGUUCCGGGGUGGCUCCUCUGGCCUUCUCCGGUGUGGAAAGGGGACGACCUACGAGGGUGGCAUCCGAGAGCCUGCUUUGGCCUUCUGGCCAGGCCACAUCAUGCCAGGGGUCUCCCAUGAACUAGCCAGCUCCCUGGACCUGCUGCCCACCAUGGCUGCUCUGGCUAGUGCCCACCUACCCAACGUCACCCUAGAUGGGGUAGAUCUGAGCCCCAUUCUGCUGGGCACAGGCAAGAGCUCAAGGAAGAAUCUCUUCUUCUACCCUCCAGUCCCUAGUAAAGCCCAAGGUGUCUUUGCCAUCCGGCGGGGGAAGUACAAGGCGCACUUCUUCACCCAGGGUUCUUCACACAGUGACAUGGUUGCCGACCCAGCCUGUCAUGCCCUCACUCCACUGACUGCGCAUGAUCCACCGCUUUUGUUUGACCUCGAGACCGACCCUGGAGAGAACUAUGAACUUGGGAGCCAUGGCCCCAGGGAGGAGAUGACAAGAAUACAAGAGACCAUAAAGGAGAUGCAGCUACUCAAGGCCCAGUUUGAUGCUGCCAUGACUUUUGGAGAAAGCCAGAUGGCCCAAGGCACAGACCCAGCUCUGGAACCUUGCUGCCGCUCAGGCUGUUCCCCCAGGCCAGAAUGCUGUAACUGUCCUGGCCCUUAAUAGGACACCUCCCCCCACGUGAUUGUAGGAAUGACCUUGUGUCUUUCAGUGUGCCCACAACCCCACUGACCACUAAUCCUUCAAACUGCCAUUCAAGGACUACUCUCUGACUCUGGGCAGCAGGGGCACAUGUCCACCAUGUGUCUUCACACAAAUCUGGAACUCAGGUUGCUCCACUGGAUGCUAAACACAUGCCACAAUUAGGGGCUCACUGGCCAGUGGCUCAGACAUCUCGGUCAGACAGUUCUCUAUGCAGCCCAUUGAGGUAACAUUUUCCACACUCCUCUGGCAUCCCUAAGGGUUGGGUUUUCUUCUGAAAGCUCUGGUAGGAAGUUUCCACACCCAUCCCUGGAUAAUUGAUGCUGCUUUCCGGUAGGGAAUACAAGUCAGACAAUUGGGUUCGCUGUCAUUCAUGGAUAGCUGGGAGAUUGGAUGAAAGCACAAUCUCCAGGUCUUCAGUAUUUCUUAUUACAGUAAAGCCUUUACUAAGAUAUUAAUAUGUGUAUUAACUUAAGCACGAAUUUUGAAAAUACCUUUUGGAGCAAGAUUUAAAUAAAUACCAACAUCAAA